AUGGCUGCCACAAAGAAUAUCGUCCUCAAGAUUGAUGUCAUUAGUGAUACGAUUUGCCCUUGGUGCUUUAUCGGGAAACGAAGGCUUGAGAAAGCAAUGAGCCAGUUUACAUCGACGCAUCCCAAUGUCUCUUUUGAUGUGGAAUGGCACCCGUUUCAACUCUCACCCACCAUGUCAAAGACAAACCCGAAACCAAAGAUGGAGCAUUAUAUCCGCAAGUUUGGAGAAGAACGUGCCAAUGCUAUGGUGCCUUAUAUCAAAAGUGUGGGGGAACCAGAAGGCAUCUCCUUUUCAUAUGGUGGUGUCAUGGCCAAUACGCUUGAUUCACACCGCCUUAUUCACUGGUCGAGACAAUUUGGAUGCCAAAAUCAAGUCGUUGAAGAGCUGUUUAAGGAUUACUUUGAACGCGAGCAGAACAUUGGUGAUGCAUCUGUUUUGGCAGCAGCAGCUGAACGUGCUGGCAUCGAUAAGAACAAGGCAUUGUCCUACCUGAAAUCGGAUCAAGAUGUUGAUAGUGUGAGUGCAGCAGUGGAAGAAAAUAGAAUCAACAGCAUGGGAGGCGUACCCAAUUACAAGAUCCAGCACAAGUUCACUUUUCCAGGGGCUCAGGAACCUGCUUCGUUUGUGGCAUUCUUUGAAAAAGCUUUGCAUCAAUUACAAAGUACCUUAUAA